UUAGGAAGACCAAUAUCCCAAACUCAAACAUUCUCCGGCGAUAAGUAUCUGCUCUCAUAACCUCUGCUUACGGUUUAACAAUUUAGAGAGAGAGAGAGAGAGAGAUGAAGAUUGUUCCUUUCUUGAAAUCUUUGUCAAGGUCUGUCCAUAAUCAAGAACAACAUGAUCAGCACGAUGAGCAGGAACUCAAUACUGUUGGGGCUUGCACAACAUUAACAGUGUGGAGAAAAUCACUCCUGAUUAGCUGCAAAGGGUUCACGGUGAUCGAUUCGAACGGAGAUCUCGUUUAUCGGGUCGACAACUACGUCGGGCAUCCUGAGGAAGUCGUUCUCAUGGAUGCCUCUGGAAAAUCUGUCCUCACAAUGCGUCGUCGCAAGAAGCUUACUCUAGUUGACAGUUGGUUUGUGCACGAAGGAGAAGUGGGUGAUUAUUGUAGAACAAGAACAUCAAAAAGCAGCCCAACGUUUUGCGUGAGGAAGAACAUGAACAUGUUAAACGCCAAUCCCAACAUACUUGCUUAUGUAUAUCGAGAGGCAUGGGGUCAUAAAAGAUAUGCAUAUUUGAUUGAAGGUUCUUACACGCAUCGAUCUUGCAAGGUAUUGGAUGAGUAUAGUAAUGUGGUAGCUGAGAUCAAGAGGAAGGAGGCAAAUAUUGGAGGGGUUUCUUAUGGGGUAGAGGUUUUUCAUUUGAUUGUGCAUCCUGGCUUUGAUGCUGGAUUUGCAAUGGCUCUUGUAUUAGCAUUAGAUCAGUUGUUUUCUUAGGUAUUUCUAUUAAUUCAUUAUGAUUUAUGUUUCUUGGUAUGAAUGUACAGUAUGCCAUACAAGUCCAAGCGGAAAAAAUAAUGCU